AUGGGCGGCGGGCGAGACUACCACCACCAGCCACGGCAUUGUGUGGCGCUGUCGCUGUUCAUCCUGGUCUCGGCCACCCUGGCGUUCCCUGCGUACGUCGCCUGCUCUCCGGUUCCGGGUGGCGCCGCCGCCGCAGGUGGACAAUACCAGUGGUGGAGGUGGCAGCGUUCCGCAGGCACGUCCGGCAACGAGCUCACCCGGACCCACGUCGACGACGGCGCUAGGUCGUCCGGGGUCGUCGCCGCUCGCACGCCGACGUCGCUGUCGCACAUCGUGUUUGGCAUCGGCGGCGCGGCUCGGACGUGGGGUUACCGCCGCGGCAUCGUGGCGGACUCCUUCGCGGCCAUCGUGAACGGCACAGCAGGGGAGGACGGCGGCGAGGUGCGGUGGUUCGUGAUGGGCGACGACGACACGGUGUUCUUCCCGGACAACCUGGUGACCGUGCUCCGCAAGUACGACCACGAGGAGAUGUACUACGUCGGCGCGCCGUCGGAGAGCGUGGCGCAGGAUGCGGCGCACUCAGUACGGCAUGGCGUUCAGCUGCGGCGGACGUUCGAGUCCCUGAGGAAGACAGCCGCCGGCGACGGGCUGUUCGUGUUCAACACCCGGCCCUGGAGGCCUGACAGCGCGUGCGCCCGGCCCCUGACCUUCUUCCUCAGCCACGUCCGGAACGAGACGGCGCCGGCGGCCACCGUGACGGAGUACACGAGGCACGUCGUCGGGAAGCAGCCGGAGAAGGAGUGCGACAUGCCUGGCUUCCGUUCCGCUGCUGCGGUUCAGACGGUCAGGGUCCUGGCGCCCAAGAUGAACCCUAGUGACUGGCACCGGGUAAUUGAUCACUAA